ACUUUGUAAUUCCGACAUAAACACAAUUUUGUCAAAUAAACACUUUUUAUUGGGUUUGGUUUAAUAUUAAUCUUUAUGUCAGCAUGUUGAACAAAAAUGAUCAAAAACAAUUUGCCAAUUCACUAGACACAUUCUCUCGAGACUUUUACCAUAAGAUGUUUAUCCUGUCAGUCGAUACAGAUCUGAUAUGUUCCCCCCUUUCGAUACAAAUCUGCGCUGGAAUGUUGCGCAUGGGCACCAAAGAUGAUAGCGAAACCAGCCGUCAGCUGGACGCCGUACUGAAGUUCAGCUCGAACGAUGUCAAUCAGAUAGCUGAUGGCUUUCGUAGUGCUCUCCAGUAUUACCAGAAGUACAAUGUGUUGCGCUUGGCCAAUAGAGUGUACGUUAUGAAUAGUAUUCACUUACGUAAGGGAUUCUGCGAUGCGUUAUGUGAAAACUUUUUUUCAACGGCCGAGCGCAUCGAUUUCAAUAAUGGCCAGAAAUCGGCUGCCACUAUCAAUGCCUGGGUUGAGUCCGAGACGAAUAAUCUCUUGAAGAACCUGGUUAGCCCGGACUCUUUCAGCUCAGAUACUCGUCUUGUAAUGAUCAAUGUGAUCUACUUCAAGGGCGAAUGGGAUAUUCAAUUUGAUGAGAAACACACACAGAGCGACUAUUUCUUUGUGGAUGACAAAAAUGAGAUUCAAGUUUCCAUGAUGAACUCGUUCAACAAAUACUUUUUUGCGGAUCUCUCAGACUUAGAUGCCACAGCCUUGCGGAUGGCCUAUAAGGAUACAAAGCUGUUCAUGUUGAUCAUAUUGCCCAACAAAAUAGAUGGCUUAGUGGCACUAGAGAAAAAAUUGAAGUCAACCACCCUGGAGAGUAUAAUAUCCCAGUUGCAACAACUGGACGUAUUUGUCAAACUGCCAAAAUUUAAAACAGAGUUCAGUGUGGAACUUUCACCUGUCUUCAGAUCCCUGGGUGUGGAUACAAUAUUUAGAAACCCAGAAUUCGACAAAAUGCUCGAAAUGAAACAGCCGCUGAGAGUAUCCCAGAUUUUGCAUAUGGCAGUCAUUGAGGUCAAUGAAGAGGGCACCGAAGCUGCAGCUGCGACUUCAAUGAUGAUGGUGGAUAUGGUGGCUACGCCAGUAUGGCCGGAGCAAAGAACAUUUUAUGCCGACCAUCCAUUUUACUAUAUUAUUUAUGAUGAAGUCUAUGGUUGUCUUUUCAUGGGAAAUCUGAAGCAAAAAGGUUUGAAUUUAAUAAAUACUCGAAAGCUUUGCGAGCGCUGUAAGGGAGCUUGUCCAAAAUUUCUUGCAAAAAGAUUCAUUGUAAGCAUGGCAGAAGAUGGUAAAGAACAAUUUACGAAUUCGUUAGAUAUAUUCUCUCGUGAUUUAUAUGAUAAGCUAGUGAGCGUAUCAGCCGAUAAGGAUCUAAUAUGUUCUCCUCUUUCGAUUCAAAUCUGCGGUGGAAUGUUGCGCAUGGCCGCCAAAGAUGAUAGCGAAACCAGCCGUCAGCUGGACGCCGGACUGAAGUUCAGCUCGACCGAUGUCAGUCAUAUAGCUGAUGGCUUUCAUAGCGCUCUCCAGUAUUACCAGAAGUACAGUGUGUUGCGCAUGGCCAACAAGGUGUACAUUAUGGAUAAUGUUCACUUACGCCAUGACUUCAGCGAUGCGCUGACUCAGAAGUUUCUCUCAGCUCCCGAGUCUAUCAAUUUUCGAAAUGCCCAGAAAUCGGCUGCCACUAUCAAUGCCUGGGUGGAGUCUCAGACGAAUAAUCUCUUGAAGGACCUGGUUAGCCCAGAUUCUCUCAGCUCAGAUACACGUCUUGUGCUGAUCAACGCGGUGUAUUUCAAGGGUGCUUGGAAUACUAAAUUCAAUGAAAAGCAAACUCGUAACGAAGAUUUCUUUGUGGAUGACAAAAAUAAGAUUCAAGUAUCUAUGAUGAACGCAACACACGAUUACUUCUAUGGCGAACUCCCUAAUUUGGAUGCCAAAGCCUUGCGGAUGUCCUAUAAAGAUACUGAAUUGUUCAUGUUGGUCCUUCUGCCCAACAGAAAAGACGGCCUAGCGGAUCUGGAGAAUGGUCUAAAAUCAACAACCCUUGAGAGCAUCACAUCUGUACUAUUCCACACCAAAGUAUCUGUCAAAUUGCCCAAAUUCAAAACUGAAUUCAGUAUGGAAUUGACACCUGUCUUCCAAGCCAUGGGCAUGGAUAUAAUAUUUAACAAUCCGGAAUUCGAUAAAAUGCUCGAGAAGAUAGAGCCUCUGAAAGUAUCCCAAAUUGUGCACAAGGCAUUCAUUGAGGUUAACGAAGAGGGUACCGAAGCUGCUGCUGCAACUGCUGUGAUAGUAAUGAUGAGAAGCGCAUCCAUUGAGACGCGAUCUGAAACAUUUCAUGCCGAUCAUCCAUUUUGCUAUAUUAUCUAUGACCAAGACUACGGUUGUCUUUUCAUGGGAAAUCUGAAAUAUAAAGAUCCGAACUCAAAUACUUUGGAGCUAUGUACGCCCUGUAAUUCAGCCUGCCCAAGAUUACAUGCAAAUAAAUGAAAUAUUAUAGGGCUUCGAAAAUAAUAAAGCUAACGGAAUGUUAAUAACUAUAA